AUGAUCCAUCAACUUACGUCAGAUGGUCUUCCUAGAACUCAUCUUUCUACAAAUAAAUAUUCAGAAAAUGAAGUCAAACCAUUGAAUAAACAAGAUAUUCAAAUAGAUUUAUUCGAAUCUGUUGUAAUAUUUCGUGGAAAUGUAAAUGAAUCUGUUGGAUCACUUUUAAGAGGUGAAAUCACGUUGACAUUGAAUAAACCAGAAAAAAUCAUUUCUAUUGAAUUACAAUUUUAUGGAGAAACAAGAACCUUUGGUCUAAGUUCAUUCGGAGCAACCACGGAUGAUAAAAUAGAACUUAUUUCAAAGAAGAUAACCUUUCUAAAUCAUUCAAGUUCAUCGUUAUGUAAAUUAUUUUCUAAAUUACCAAAUAAGCAAAAUUAUUCAACAUUUCCAUCAGGAAUUCAUAAAUUACCAUUUGAAUUUCAAUUGCCAGGAUCACUUCCGGAAUCAAUCAAAGCAAAAUUAGGAUCCGUACAAUAUAAAUUAAAGUGUAAGAUUAAUCAUAUUCCCAAAUUUCAUUCAAAAACCCUUUUAAACGUUCGUCAAGUUGAAAUAAUAAGAUUACCAGAUUAUGAUAAUUAUUCGUAUGGUAUAGAAAUAUCGAGAAAUUAUGAACAAGUUAUCGAAUAUCAAUUGUCAAUUCCUAAAAACUCCUUUCCACUUGGUGAUACGGUUCCUAUUCAUAUUAAAUUGAUACCUCUAGGUAAAAAAUUUAAAUUACAUUCAAUACAAAUUCGAUUGGUACAAAAUGUUACUUAUACAAAUAAUGGACAUAAAACUGAAUACAUUCAAUACUUAAAUCAUUCACAAUUUGACAAUGUAAAGAAACUUUAUUUAAUCGAUAAGGAAGAGGAUUAUUGCGAAGAGAAAGAAAUUGGACGUUCGAUUUAUGAAAAGACUCUCAUGUUUGAAUUACCUAAAUAUAUUAUUAAUUUACCAAAUUAUGAGGAUACAAGUUUUUAUUGUCCUUGCCAUCCGGAAUAUCAAAGAAUCGCUCGACGCGUGCUUGGAGAUUCUGAUGAUGAUGAAGAACAUAAUAAUUUGACGUGUAAUUAUACAACAGUUGAAAAUUAUUUUCACGUUAAUAACCCACCAAGAUAUAGUUAUAUUAAUCUUUAUUAA